AUGGCCGUUGCCUUUCAACGAUACUGCGAUAAUUUCGUCACGUCUCAGUUUCACAAUGCUAUAUUUUUCACUUCGAUGAGAGAUCAUUGGCUGCCCUUAUUUAGACAGGGAGGAGAAUACGAGGGGAGAAAAAAAAAUUUGAUCGACGAUGAAAACCUUCGGUUGUUUCUCCUCGACGAAGCGGAGACAAUCCUCGACGACGAAGCGACAAGGCGGUGGCUCUUCUCGACGAGACGAAAAUCAUCGGAUGCUGCUCAGUCGAAGGCGGUUUCUCUCUCUUGGGAUGAUUUACGGAAACAUGCUAGAAAGAUUGAAGCUCAGCUUGACGAGCAGAUGCAUUCUUACCGCAGGCUUUUUUCCACUAAGUCUGAUGGUGCAGAGAGUGAUCUUGAAGCUGGGAUUGACUUACUACUAAGGCAACUUCAGCAAGUUAAUGCUCAGAUGCAAGCAUGGAUUUGUUCAGGGGGCUCUGAAAUGGUCUCCCAUACUUUAACUCGACAUCAAGAGAUCCUUCAAGAUCUCACGCAGGAGUUUGAUCGACACCGGUCAAGUCUUAGAACAAAGCAAGAGCAUGCUUUACUUCUUGAGGACUUUAAAGAAUUUGAUCGGGCUAGAUUAGACUUAGAAAGUGGGGAUGGGUCUACAAAACAAGCACUGCUCAAUGAACAUGUGGGAAUCAACCGCAAUACAGCGCAGGUAAUUAAAAUCCUACGCCAGUAAAGCUUUGUUAGAGUUCUUCACACUUGUAUUGUAUCCCAUGGCUUAUCACUUGAGUAUAUAAACGGUAUAGAUAGAUGGUGUCAUUUCACAAGCUCAUGCAACACUUGUUUUGUAUUGUUGUUGUGGUUAGUAGGGAAAUCACAUGUUUUGUAUUGUUGUGGUCAGUAGGGAAAUCACAUUUUUGUAUUGUUGUAGUCAGUUUUGAAAAUCACAUGUGUAUAUUUUUUUUUCUA